AUGCAGCGUCUUCGAGGACUUCUGUCUGCUGCAGGUGUCCCUGCGGAAGUCUUGGAAAAGGUUGCGCAGGUUACUGAUACCUGCACCGUAUGUCGCACAUGGGCCCGACCUGGGCCUAAGUCGGUAGCGAGUUCGCAUCUUCCUACGGCAUUCAAUGCAGAACUCCAAGUGGACCUGCUGUUCAUUCGUGAACAUGUGAUUCUGCACAUGAUUGACGUGGCGACACGCUUUGUAGUUGCGAAGAUCGUGCCGAGUCGGGAGACCGACGACAUACUGACUGCACUCCAAGAAGCCUGGAUAUCGCUGUUCGGGCCUCCAAGUGUGAUUGUAGCCGAUCAGGAAGGAGCUUUAAGUGGAGUUGCUGGCGGUGCAUGGAUGUCACAUCGUGAUAUCAAAUACGUGCCAAAGGCCAAAUACGCACAUGCAUCUGUGGUUGAACGACACAAUGCUUUGUUGCGCAGACAAGUCCACUUAUUGCUUGAGCAAAGCAACGAGGACGGUCUCCGAGUGCCGUUCUCUGCCGUCCUUGCGGAGGCGGUGUUUGCAAAGAAUGCUCUCCUUCGCAUCAACAACUUUACGCCUUACGAAGCAGUGCUGGGACGCACACCUCCACUUUACGAUUUGCUAUCUCCGGAGUUCGGCGAGGAAGUCGCCGCGAGAGACGCCGAUCGUCUGAGGGGAAAAGCAUUGCGUGCAAUCCUGCAGGCAACAGCUGAAAGUAAGGCGCAGCGGGCCCUGAAGUCCAAGAGCCGUCCAAGUGGCGAGCUUCUUGAGCUUUCCGCGGGAGAUCAGGUUGAGUUCUACAGGGUUCCUUCCAACAAAGAUCUCUCGGGGUGGGCGGGUCCGGCUACGGUUGUUGAUUUGUUGCAAUUAGACCAAGGCCAGAUAGGAAUAAGAUUUCAGGGUCGUUACAUUUUGUGCCGGGUGCAAGACAUUCGCAGAGCACUCAUGUUUACGACUUUUCUUUCAGACGAGCCGCACAAUACGCCAUCUGGACUCAUCCGGAUCACUGCCGAAGCUUUGGACAGGCAGGUGGUUAGGUUGGGAUGGUUUAAGCAGCAGGGUAUAUGGCGUAGCUUUGUCGAAAACUCAAAGUUUCCUGAUGUCUUAGUUGCAGGGCUACACCUAGCGGCCUGCAAUCUUCAGUUUUCAGGAGUUGUGUCGUUUCGGCUUGGAAACGGCCUGAGUACCUUGUCGGGCGUUCGAUGCGAUGAAUCGAUGAUCAUUUGGUGGGAAAGAGGUCGUGGGGCCGUUUGGCAUCACAUGUUUCUUCCUGGAACACAGCCAAUUAACUUUUCACGACUCACCGAUGUUGAGACCAAUAGCCUUUGUUUCCUACAGUUUUUCAGUGAAGACUCCGAAACCGUGUUGAGCCUGCGACAAGUUGUGCACGAGAUACCGAACGUUGGCGGAAUCCACGAUCCCGCUUUGCCGCGUUUGGCUGAGGUGAACGAGGCGGUUGUUCGCAGGCGACAGGUUCGGGCUAUUACUGAUCAAGCUGGCAUGGACCAGACUGGUCCUGAGAUCUUCGACAUAGGGACGCCGGACGCAGUCACUGAAUCAUCAGAGCGACGCACAGACAGCACUCAAUCGGAUGAUGAGGCCGAUGAUGGUGCUGAUCUCUUUGCUUUCACCAACAAGCCUCCAGAAGUCUGCGUGGACUCAGCUGCUGAGCCCUCUCUUGUGUUCGAGCCGAAAGAAUUAAAGGAGGAGCCUUUGAAGCUGGAGUUUUCUAAGCAGGCAGCGCAGUACUUAGCAACGUUUGACAGACAGCUGGCUUCGAACGAAACUCUUGUCUUGAACAUGACAGGUGAAGUAGAGGCCGUAAUCGAAAGAGCCAACAACAUCUUGACUCGUCAAGAGGCUCUGGAGAAUGUCGAUCGUUGUAGGCGUGCAAUGGUGAAGGAGUUGCUUCGGUGGAAUGGACACAAGGCGUGGCGUCGAGGAUCCAAGGCCUCGGCACGUAAUGCUCUCCAGAGCAAGUGGGUUCUCAAGUGGAAGAAUAUCCAAGGAGAGCGUGUGGACAAGGAAUUGCGUGAAGUGCAGCUACUGCUGCCACCGGGUUCCUUGGAACUCAUUCGAUCGGUCCCAGGUCCCAGUCAAGGCACCAACUCGCUUCAGAUCUUAGAAUUCGUUUGCCGGAAGCAGACCCGCGUAUGCCGAAGCACUUACACGGCUGAGUUACUCAGCGCAGUCGACUUGUGUGGUCUCGCGAUCACAAUCAACAGUGGAAUCACCGAGGUUCUUCAGGGAUGCCAAUCUGCGGCAGAACUGAUCAAGAAGCAAGAACAGAUGAACAACGCGUUACAGCUAACCUUGGUGAUUGAUGCAAUGGCAGUGUUUUUGGGAGCCACCUCAGAGGAGGCUCGUUGCACAGACAGUGCAGCGUUGCUGCAUUUACUUGCCUUGCGUCAACUGUUGAAGCACGAAGUCAACAGUUUAGCGUGGUGUGUUAGCUUGUACAUCGGGUCAGAGAUUUUAG